AUUGACUGCGCGUCCUUCAUUCUACAUUAAAAAGUGAACAGGACACGCGGUAGUGAAAUUUUUCAAUUUUACAAAAUGUGGGCUUCUAUUUUCUUUGCCGUCUGCUGCGCUAAUUUGGCGGGAAGUGUUAUUUCAGAAGAAUGUUCAAACUAUCAGGCACAAACUCUGGAAAGAUUUAUUAGGGUAGAGAUUGAUCUAAAAGCUGUGAAAAAUCAUUGUAACGAUUAUUGAGAAAAAGACAGGAAAAGAAAAGAACGAAAGCAACGUCAAACUCGCCGAACUCGCUGAAAAAAUGGACCUAUUGCAGCACAAUAUGAACAGUUUAAUUAAGAACGUUUCCUGUAUACAAGAGGAGAAACUUCUCAAGAAAACAAGUUUGAUGAGACAAUUUUGUCAAACAAACAAAACGUGCAGUGACGUCGAGAAUUCAGAAUGUAAAUGGAUGACUUGUAAAUGUAAACCUGGUCUGAGCUACCACCAUGACAUGAGAACGUGUCUCACAUACUGCGGAGAUCAUGGGUAUGGUAACACUUACCAAGUUGAAAUAGACGCAGCAAUAACAGAUUUUAAUGAUAAAAGAAUUACCUCUAUUUCGUUAGAAGAUUGUGUCCAAAGAUGCACUAUGGAGCAACGCUUCGUAUGCAAAACCGUAGAGUAUGAAAAGGCGAAUAAAGUUUGUCAAUUGUCGAGAGAAACUUUGUAUACAAAGGCAAAGUUUUACGAAAAGGCUAACAAGGAUUAUAUUAUCUAUAUACCAGAGAUUGCAACUAGUCUUGAGACUCCAAAAUAUAUCUAGUAUAAUUUUGUACCAUAUGAUGAAAGUCUAUACCAAAAGCUUGUUUGCACCAUUUCCCAUCAUUCGCGCACUUGUAUUUCCAAGCAUAAUGAUUUUUGUUGGGCAAAUUUACUCAAAAGUUUCAAGCGCUUCAACACUAUUUUCAUUCGAAUCAGAUAAAGAAUCGCACAUUA